GUGGUUUCUCGAUAGAAGAAGAAGAAGCGCCUUUGCUUAUCCUGCUGCACGUUCCGUCUGGGUCAGUACAAAAGUGAUAACCAAAUGAUUGACACCAUCUGAUCUCCACCAAACUUGUGCACCGCCAACACUAAACAUGAAGCUCAAAAUAUUCGAGAGAUUUGAGCAACAACAAGACGGCCCGGCCAAAGCUCAGGGUAUUGCAAUAUGGCAAGCGGCGAUUUUCAUUGCGGCACAAAUCGCGGGGAGCGGCGUUUUGGCCCUGCCCAAGGCGGCCAGCGACGCAGGUGGAUGGCUUGGAUUGGGCAUCAUGUUAGUGUUGUGCGUGAAUGCAACUUUUGCGGGCGCCCACUUGGGGUUGUGCUGGGCCAUCGCCGAGCGCCACUACCCAGACCUGAAGACGCACAUUCGCAAUCCGUACCCCACCCUGGGCGAAAAGGCGUACGGCCGCUGGCUCAGCAUAGUGAUUUCCGUGGCCAUGCAGGUUGAGCUGAUUGGCACAGGCACCGUCUUCCUCUUGCUGUCCGCACAAAUCAUCGAAACGCUGCUGCUGCCCUAUGAACUGAGCGUCAACGCGUGCGUCUGGCUGCCAACACUUGCAGCCUUCCUCUGUCCCGCCAUGUGGCUCGGCUCGCCAAAGGACUUCUGGCAAUUUGGUGUUGGAGCUCUGCUGACGACUUUGACGACAUGUAUCAUAGCUACCGUUGAGAGCAUCAAUGACGCUGCUACAGGACUUCUACCUCCUCCGGACACAUCAGUCACACUUACUCCGAAGAGCUUUUUCCUCGGAUUCGGUGUGAUUAUCUUCAGUUUUGGCGGUGCCUCGACCUUCCCCACGAUUCAAAACGAUAUGCGCCAUCGAGAAAAAUUCCCGAUCAGCGUGAUGGUCGCUUUUGCGGCCAUCAUCACCAUGUAUGUCCCGGUGACGGCGGCCGGCUUCGCUGUCUACGGACACGACGUCCAGUCGAGCAUCCUCAACUCCAUCUCCUCCGGCCCGGCAGUGGUGGCUGCGCAAAUUCUGAUUGCGAUUCACUUGGUCACGGCGUUCGUCAUCCUCACCAACCCUGCAACCCAGUACAUCGAGCACCUCCUCAAUAUUCCCCACAAAUUCGGCUGGAAAAGGUGUUUGGUGCGCACAUGCGUCUUGCUGCUCAUGGUGUUCAUCGGCGAAACGGUGCGAGACUUCGGCAAAGUGCUCUCUCUGGUCGGUGGCUCCACCACAACCCUGCUCAACAUGGUCUUCCCGCCUAUAAUCUACCUCAAGUUCAAAUCAACUCUCGAGCCCGAAAGCACUGUUCCACUCUGGAGAAAAAUUUAUCUCUUGGUUAUCCUGGUGAUAGGACUUGUAGGCGGCGUGGCGGCCACGUACAGCGCCAUCCUUGACAUUGUUGGCCCACAGUCCUUCAGGAAGCCGUGUUAUAUUCCGUGACUCAUUUAAAUUUAAUUUCUUCUGGAAGCUGUGUUGAUAUUUCACAUCUGUUUUAUUUUUAUUACUUGUAUUUUGAAAUCAUCAUAGAGCAUACAUUAUUUUCAUAUGUACUUAAAUAGAUUUAUUUUAUAUUCGGAACUAUAAAUCGUAAGGUAUUAUUAAAGGAAACUCUAUAGUGUAAACUUUGGUAAGAGUUUAUUUUCCAUCCUUUUUUAUUUACAAGACUCAUUGAGGUUGCAUCAUCAUCUCUUUUAGUGUUAUCAUUACCACAGGGGGCUGGAACUCGCGGGGUUGCAUGUUUCUUUUAUUACAUUUUGAUUUAUUUAUUUAAGAGCUGAAAUUAAGUACACUGCGCAUAGAUUUAUAUCUUACAUGUGAGAUAGAAAGAGAGAGAGAGAGAGAGAGAGAGAGAUAGAUAGGAUGUGAAAGAGUUGAGAUAGUUUUAUAAAUUUUUGCGUUUUCUUUUUUAUGCAGAAACCAAAAUUGAUAAAAAUGAGCUUGCCACGGGUAACAAUACUAUGAGUUAGUUUCAUUAAACAGGUAAUACAACAACUCUCCAGCUAAACAAAUAAUAAUCAUAAGAAUAGUAACAAAUAAAUAAGAUCCACAUAUAUUGUUGAGUUGUGUGUGUGUAUGUGUGUGUGUGAAAUACCUCUUGCGAAAACAGACAUUCCAUCUAAGUUAUUACGUUUAACACAAGCUUUUUGACUUUGUGUGUAAAGUGUGUAUGUUUAAUCCAAAACACGAAAAUCAACUCCAUGUAGCGGAUCUUUCAAUAUUCACAACUGAUAGAAAGCACAGCUUCCUAAAAAAACAAUUUUCAGGAAAACCGAAAGGUUUCACAGAGCGUCGCAUUUAUUAAUUAAGUCGCCAGGUAAAAAUUAAAGUAAACAUUUUGAUGCGUGAGUUGAUAUUUUUCUUUGUUUAAUUAAGGGCACAGGUUAAUUAAGGGAGUCCCUAACUUUUCAAACACAAGCUAGGGAAAAGUUAGGCUCUUUAAAGUUGAAAAGAGACAGCAAAAUGAACGGCUCUUGAAAUGAAAUUAAAAAUUUGACUUGAAAAUCGUGUAGCAAGAUUACUGCAAUAUUCACACAUGAAAAUGCGCUCGCCCUUUAUACAUUUUGAUGCCUCUUCUAUGGAUAAAUGCGUUUUAGCAUUGUGCUCUCACAACAACUGUCAUUAUUAGUAAGUCAAUCAAUUUUUCUUGUGAACAUUUUCAAUAAAAAUGAUACCAAAUCAUCCCUUGAAAGCAAGUUUAUAAUGCGUUUAUUUCUUGUUGGUUGAGUGGCCGAGGUGUUUUAAUGCUUAAUUAGUUUUCCGGUUUUUAGAAUAUUUGGGUAAAAUUUAACAACACAAUGUAGUGUUACAUUGCUAUAUUUAUUACAUUAAUUUAUGUACCGAUGCUUAUCGCUAUAUAUGAUAAUAAGAAUAUAAUUCUUCAAUUUUAAUACUUUCCUCUGAUGCGAUUUUGAAAUGGUGCGUUUGAUUAACAUUUGCAAAACGAUUUUUCUCUUUUGUUAUUUAUAUUAACAGAAAACAACAACGAUAUAAUUGAAAAUUUUUAAAAGGUAAAAAUUCAACAUUUUAGAUCUCUGAUAAAAUAAUCACUCGCUUUUAAUAUAUAUUUUUUU